ACAACACAAAGCAAAUUUUUACAUAUCUAAGAUUCCAAAAAUGACCUACUAAUAAUUAAACUAAUUUAUUAGGUGCAAUUUCUUAAAUGUCCAUGUGACUAUACAGAUCGAUCUGGAAAAAAAAAGAAAAGGCACCAGUAUCGGCGGUCGGUCAACAGUGAAAUGCUGCAAGGCAUAUUUACCCGGACGGAGAUAAACCAGAUUCUUAGACCGGUAAUAUUUUCAAGCGUUCAAACAAUGAUGGCUCAGUCUAACUGCUAUAAGAUGCAUGUACUCCACUCUCGUUGAAGACCGCAGGUCCGGGGCCGAACUUUUUGCCUCUAUCAUUCUCCCUUUUAUGCGAGUUAUUGUUUCGCUAGAUAAGUUGCGGUUCUAUUAUUGGAACACAUAGAAUAGUCUAAUCUAAAAGUUAAUAUCCUGGGUAUCUGCAUUUCAGAUGAUGAAUCUUGGCCAAACUCCGUGUGACUAACGUGUUGAUUUUGUACGAUUUUCAAUAAUAAAGUUUGCUAUCGCCUGCUCGAUUUGGCAAACAAUUGAGCUUGUAAUAAUAUGAUGCCUUUGCGUUAAAUCAAAAUAGGAAACAGAUCGCCGUAUAAAUGAUAAUUUUUUAGCUCCCCUUUUUUUUGCCUCCCUCCUUUGCAUCCUUUUAAUUUAUGCAUAAUUCGUAGCUUAUUAAUUUGUUACAUCAGUUGAGUUGGUUGUCGAGAUCAGACCAGAUUUCAAACCCUUGCAUGAACAGGAUUGACACUAACUAUAAAUUUUACGGAAAUACGUGUUUUUCCCCACAAGCUACCAAUUUCCCUCACUCCAUUGUUCAGAAUAUUCUUUUCUCUUGCUUCGUUCCCCUCAUUUCAACACUUUCCGGAGUUUCCAUUCUGGGCAGAGUUUCACAUUUUGCUCAUACAUUGUUAAUAUUUUUUCAGUCUCUAUAGCACUUUUGGCGUGGUGAAUAAUUAACAAUCUCAUUAGUUUAGUUUAUGAUCUUUCGUAAAUAUAACCAAUAGCAAAUUCUCUUAUAGUAACUACUUGCCUUGUAGUCUACGUUCAAAGUUCGUCUAAGCCACCCGCAAUGACAGAUAUUGAAAGUACACCGCCAGUGGCACCUGCACCACGUCCCAAGGGCCGUCCUAGGAUCCUCCCGAUUCCACAGCGCAAAAAGGUUUCCCGUGCCUGUGAUACAUGCAAGCAACGUAAGAUGAAAUGUAAUGGUGAACAACCAUGUCACUACUGUCGUGGUAAAUCCCUUUCUUGUCUGUACUUUAAAAUUGAUGGCCGUACGCUAAAGCACAAGCCUGCUACUACUAAGGGGAAAACUAGAUCGACUGAUAUGAAAACCAGUAUCAGUUCUAGCUCGAGUGGGAACCUGGAUGAUGUUACACCUCCUAGUCCGAUAAGUAUACCUCCACCUAAUGUAAUAUCGCCGUCCCCAGAGAAGAUCACAAAGUUGUCAUCUAGAGAACCAUCACCACAAUCGAAAGCGCUGUUGACUGUGAUUGGACAAAGCCUUCAAAAAGCGUUGGCUAAUGAUAAUGACAACACCACAAUUCUCAAUGUGUUAAAUAGUAACCACGAAUCAAACGAAGGGUUGCCUAAUUUGAACGGUCGCCAUACAAGGUUAUUAUACACACAGACAGGAGAUAUGAGGUUCUUUGGUGAGAGCAGUGCUCUUUCUCUACUUAGUGAAUGCCGUCUGUUAUUCAAAGACACUUUAGGCCCACUGGUCUUCACGGAUGACCCUGGUCAAGAAUAUAUCAUAGAUGAGAGCACUGACUUUACAAAACCAACCAUCCCAGUGCAAUUACCGCCUAAGGAUACAGCGGUGAUUCUUAUAGACCUUUUCAAAAAGAAUAUCAACAAUACAUUCUAUGUGUUCAAUAUGAAUCAUUUCAACAAAAAAGUAUUCCAAGAAACUUACAAUAACCCGGUAGGUGCCACGACCCGUAGGCUAUGUCUUUUACAUUUGGUAUUUGCGAUUGGGGCUCUAUUUGCAGAAUACACCCCAAAUAUGAAUUUAAACUUACCUGAAUCAACUAUGUUCCUAGAAAGUGCACAAGCUUUAAUGAGAAGCAACAUCUAUGAUGGGAAAUUAUGGAUGGUUGAAGCCAACUUUUUGAAAUAUUUCUAUUAUCAAGCGUGUUGCAAUCGUUCAAGUUCAUGGAUAAACUUGGGAACAGCCAUCAGAUUGGCACAAGCUCUAGGAUUGCAUCGGAAGGUAAUCAACUCCCGAUUUGCAGAUAAAGAAAUACAAAUCCAUAGACGAAGACUUUGGCGCAGUUUAUAUGUGUGUGAUUGUGUUAGUAGUGUUAACUUGGGACGUCCAUUACUCGUAAGUGGAUAUGAUUAUGAUGAUCUGGAUUAUAUAAUUCAAGAUGAUAAUGCUACACCUGAAGAAAAGCUUCGAAUUAUGUGCCAGAAGGCAACCAGUGAUUCAGCAGUUAUCAAUGGUCGUAUUGUGGAGAACAUUUUUAAAGACGGUCGCAUCAAUAUAAAGAGAGCACAUCUAUUAUCUAUGGAAUUGAAAAUAUGGUCAAUGCAAUUACCCCAACAACUUCAACUCAAUUCAGCUCUUGAAAAACAACUUGAACAAGGAACAAAUUCUAAUAAUUAUCUCCUUGUAUUUGUUCAUUUGGGGCAACUUUAUGGUAUAAUGGCUCUAACCCGUCCAUUCUUGGUUUAUGUUGUAACUAGGAAAGUCAAACCUGAAACUGAAUCACAAAUUGCGGGUGAAGAAUCAUUAAUGUCAUUUUGUAAAGCAUGUAUUAAGGCAUCAGUGCUUGUGAUCAAGCUCUUGCGGUUUUAUUCUACACAUAACCCCAAUCAUAAAGAAGUUUUCACAAUUCAAUCAGCAUGCUUUUUCGCAACGAUUAUCCUUGGAUUUGUAUUGCUAGAGCAAAAGAAAUCGAACAACCCAGACCCACAUUACAUGAGAGUAUUAAGGGACGCUAUAAAAGACGGCCGUGAUACAUUGGCAACAUAUUCCUCAUUUAAUUGUACUUGUAAACGCUGGACAGAACAUCUCACUAAUAUGCUUCUGGCAUUGGAUGCUGAUUUCCCCGAUCAUGUAUCGACCUAUUCACUCUCCUCGGAAGUUGAACAGUUUAAUAAUGAGAUGAUUAAUUGGGCUAAUGAAAACAAAGGUCUUGAAGAGAUUUUAAACUUUCAAUCAGAUUUCGCAGGCGAAUUUCUGGGUGAAAGGUUGGAGGAUUUAUUGGGGAUGAGUAUGGGAGAAUUGAGUGCGUUUAGAUAUGACACAAGGGAUCAUGUCGUAUUCGGAGGUUUUGGUGAGUAUGGAAUGCAAAUUCCUAAACAGGUAUAA